AUGAUUGAGCACAUCAGAACACAAUCUUUCAAAAGCUUGAGCGAAUUUUCGAAUAGAGAGUAUAAUCCGUUGGAGUCAGAUGGCAGAGUUCUUGAUUUCGACGAGAACACAAGGCAAAAACAAUCCCAAGUCUCUUUCUCAUGGAAAGAGAAAAUUAGGUUAUCAAACAAAUGUUUAUUCAUGAGAUGCAUCGAUGCCAAGACGGUAAAACAUCUCUUCAAUUUCUGUUGGUCAACGAAGCCGUAUUUGGGAGCUAGACUGGUAGUAGUGAGGAACGGUUUGAUGAUAUUGUACUUUCUGAACCCAAGAAGGACUCCAAAGUUGCGAAAACCGAAAUUUGGGUGGGACUGGUCCAGUUCGAAAUGGUAUUUGAAGAGAUCAAAAAGGGCUAAACACAAACGAGAAGCCUUUUGCAACGAGGCUUCAUUUAUGGUGGAGUCCAAGACAUUAUUGAUCUGGGUCACGACUUUGGUGAUGGUCAAAACGGUGAUAAACUCCAAAUGGUUUGAGUCUUUGUUCGGGUGA